AUGUCUACGCCUACACGUCGUAGCACGCGCAAGAGGGAGAGGACGGUUGAGCUGCAGCCCCACAUCGAGGCGGGCCUAAAGGAUCUCUUCGCUGGAAACGAGCAGACAAUCAGAGACAAGUUUGAGGGCGCCGACAAGGACAACGCAGCUCAACUUGUCGAUAGGAUCAAGACUGUGAUGGGUCAAGAAGACGUCACGGUCGAGAACGCUUUGUCCCGAUACGUUCCCACAGAAGUUCUCUCCUCCUAUGCUGUGAAGAAGGAAAAGAGCGGCAAGGGAAGUGCCAUGGUGUUGGCUCAAAGACUUCUGGCGCUAUGGCAGAAAGAGAAUGCGGAAGCAAGUCCGUCCAAGAAGACGAAGCCCCAGUCGGUGAGGAUUGGAUGA